AUGAGUUUUGUAAACGAUUUGGAUGAUCUCUGUGAUUUUAGCAAAUUAAGUCAAAAGUGGAAAUAAACAAAAAAUGAAUAAAUAAAAUAGCCAUCUCCGAGUCCUUCGAAAACUGAAUCUGAUAUCACUUCUAGUAAAUGUGUUUCCAAUCCAUGGAAUAAAGGUUUAGAUUGUUGUAGUAUUCUAGAAAAUUACGUGCCGAAUAACGAAGAAGCAAAAAAGAAUAGUAACAAAAUUAGAAAUCAUGCUCCUCAAAUAAUAGAUGAGGACACAGAACAAUUUAAAAUAAGAUUGGAACAUAUUUUAAAUGUAUUUAAGACAGAAGCCACAAGUGAAUUUAUGGCUAUGAAGAGAUCUAUGUUGGAGGAUUAGAAAUAAACAAUUAAAGUAGACACUGAAAAGUAUUUGUAAAUGUAUGAAUUGAAAAAUAAUGAAUUAUCACAAACAAAAGAAUAAUUGGCAGAAUAAAUGAGAAUUUGCAAUUAGAUUACUGAGAGAUCUGAGAAAAUUGCAUAAUAUUGUGGUAAAAUGAAGAAUACAAAAAGAAGAUAACAAGUCCUAUCAAAUGUAUUAAAAGGUUUAAAGAUGUAUGCUAAAUAUUCGUUAAAGAAGAAAAAUAAUUAAAAAAAAGGGACUAAACAUUACAAACUGUAUUUAUAAAGAUGGAUUUUUAAUUUAUGGAAGAAGUAGUUCAAUAUUCAAAUCAGAAUUAAUUAAUCUGAUAAAUUGAAAUUGGCUCAUUAAAAUGAUGUGGAUUUGUUGUUGGCUAAAUUCCAAAAAGAACAAUAAUUAUUGGAAUAGAAAUUAUUGGAAGCCACGUCUUAAUUAGAUGAAGCCAAUAAAAUCAAAUUGUCAAUGUAAGAAAACUUAAAGAGGGCGUUUAUGAGAGGAGUUUGUGCUCUCAAUUUUGAAGCCAUGAAUGUAUUGAAUGGGUCAUCUCAAUAAAUGGAAUUAGAUUCCUUAGCAACCAAUUUAUUAAUGAAUCCAUUCUAAUAAUCAACUACUACAUAGUAAUAAUAGUCAACUCUUCAUUAACCUUAAUAAUUUAAUUAAUUAAAUGACACAUUGAUUUUAAAUGAAAGCAAAGAUCAAUGGUAGAGAUAGCAUUCACCUCCUAAAAAUGUCACUUAUCACUAACAAAAUAGAUUAGAAACAAAUGAUCAUCGUUGGAAAGAUGCCCCCAUCGUUGGAAUGAAGUAAUUGUCAGAAAUUACUGAAAAUCAGAGCAUAAAUAUGUCAAUAUCGAAAUUAGUAUAACAAGAUGAUCUAUAAUUUGAUAGGGACGAUGAGUAAAAUGAAGGCAAAGUUAUUAAAGUAACCUUUGACAAUCCUUCGACCAUACCAACUUAGACCUAAUCUAUGAAAAAAUAGACAGUUCAAACAAAACAACCGUAAACUAAAUAACCACAAAAAUAGACCACAACAUCUAGUUCAUCAACAUUUAAGAAGAAAUGA